AUGAAACCUGUUACCAAAGUAGAAGCCUUGUUGAACCAAAAUAUUAUUAUUGUUAAAGAUACCAAUGGUAAGCAGCUGGGUGUUGAUUUGGAUCUAAUGACGAUUAUGCAGAAAGACUUUCUUGAUUCAUCCUCAAAUAAUUUAAUUACUCUUUAUAAUGCGUCAGAUGUCUUUAACAAUCAUUUAGAUCGUCCACUGGUGCUGAAUAAUUGGCUUCUUAAAAUUCCAUGGAUGCUUUUUGAUGUGACUGAUAUUGAGAAGGGAUCUAGGCUUAUAGAAUCUGUUAAAAAGGUUUUUUUUGAAGGUGGGUGGAUUUCUAUUAUUUUUGGAAUGCCCACUCAGACUGUUGUUUAUCGUGUUCGACCUAAUUUUGAGGACGUAUUUUCAGCCGAAUUUGAAAUUCUUCGAUCCACAUUUGAUACAUUAGGAAAUCGCAAUUUAAGAAGGACUAAUGAACUUGAAAUUAUAAAAGCACAAAAGGAUCUUUGCUUUUUUAUUCAUUAUUAUCAUUACGAUAUUUCGAAUAAAGCAUUUGAUGCGCUUGCAAAUCUAGUUUACCAGGUUGCAUGCACUUUGCCUCAAUUAAGCAAUAAAGUGUUUAAUUUUUGGAGGAGAAAGCUUAAGGAUGUUAAUAAUGUUGCAGAUGAUUUCUUUUUUCAAAGCAUUAUAAUCUUGUCACAGUAUGUUGCUUGUGGGUUAAUGACUCCGAAUAAGGAGUACUUAGACGAUGUUUUUGAACUUUUAUUUUCUUCAUCAUCAAGGAAUUGUUACAUUGCUUUAAAGAUUCUGGAUCUGAUAUUUAUUCCACAGAUGGACCAAUACGAAGAGCAGUGCUUAGAGCUCGUUGGAGCACUGAUAAAUAUACGAAAUUUGGCAGAAAAGGAUAAGAAAGUGGAACUUACAGAGAUUUGCAAUAUGUGCAUAAAUGAUUUUUUUACAGAGGAUGCAGUUCUAUUUAGUGCGAUAGUCUGCUACUGUCUAGCAUCAUUAGAAACGUCAUUUAUUUCGAAACAGGGUGCUCUUGAAGUUUUGAAUUAUCUUCUAACAGAUCGCACAAGCAAAAUUAACGGCGCUAUCAUUAUGUUAGUAUUAGAUGUACUAAACGGCAUCGAAAUAGACUCGUCACUGUUGCUAUUAAAUGAAAAUCAGCGAAAAUGUAUUCUAGAUUUGACUGAUUUGACGUGGAAUAUUCUUACGGUUGGUUUUCCCAAUCAGUUGCAGAUUGUCAAGGACAAGGAUAUGAUAUUUGUUUGUUUCAUAUUUGAAAAGGAUAUUAGUAUUGGAUAUGCGGGUUUUUUCUGUGAAAAAGGUAACAAGUGUGCAUCUUGGAAUAAAAUUCUUCUGCAAACCCCUAUUUAUAAAAAAUUGCAUAAAGAACCUCCGGAUCAAAAGAAGAUUGGGACAUCUUCUCAUGAUCUUGGUGGGUAUGCAAAGCUAAAGUUAUCGGAUAAUCUAUUAAAAAUUGCUGCGCUUGAUUUCGACACGUUGUGCAUAGAUAUAUGGAGUUUUAAGUCAACCGACGUAAAGCCAUUGGGUGAGGUGUUGAAUUCUAAAAUAAUGACAAAUGAGAACGUUCCGCUUAAAGUUCCGGAUUUGAAAUUAGUUUUGUUACAGUUGUUAUGGAGUAAAGGAAAUUAUUCAGUGCGAUUUUCAAAAGUUCCGGUUACAAAAUUAGUGCAGUUAUAUCAAUCGAAUUCGUUAGAAAAAGAGGAUAAUUUAGUUGAAAAGAGUGUUGUAUGUGAGAAACAUAUAUCAUUUGUUUCCGUUCUAAAUCGAUACAUGGGUGUUUUUGAGGAUAUCAAAUUCACAGAUCUAGAUAUAGAGUGGUUCGGUUCAUAUAAGGACCCAAAAAUUGGCCUUAAGCUGAAAAAUAAGAUCAUUUAUAUGUAUCAGAUAUAA